UCGGGAAAAGCAGGCAUUGCUGAGGUCAAAUCGGCGAGAAAGACGUCCAAAGUCUGAAUACUCUCCAAGUACAUUUUCCAAACAAAGGCUAUUGAGAAUGAUUCACAGCCUCUUCCUGACGUUCUUAUGCCUCCUGGCUAUGCGUAGCAGUGAUGCGCAGGCAUAUGAAACCUCACAAAGUCAAGGCGCAGCCGAUUGUCUUGAACUGCUCCUCCUGAGAUCUGGCGUUCCUUUGGACAAGGCGAUUGUGUACCGUCAGAACCUGGCCUCGCUGGGUUUUGACCUUCCGCGGAUAGAGUCGGCUGACGAGAAGCUGCUUGCAUUCAUCUUCGAGAAGAACGCCCAGCAUGCCACAGCCGUACAGGGAUGUCUGGGUGGGACCCUUGCAGCGUGCGUGGACUACAGUCCGUGUGGAACUGACGGUCAGUGUUUGGUGAGCAGUGACAGCUCGGGCUAUCACUGUGACUGCUCGCCAUUCACGACCGGCAUGUUCUGUGAAGAAGACACAACGCUGCAGACGCUGAAUACGUCGGUGAAGAUGGUCACACUCUCUACCGUCGCUAACAGCAUGAAACUAGCGGCUCUCGGCGCAAGAGUUGCAGAUCUGGAGGAGCACCAUGAUGAAUGUGAGCAAGCCUUGGUUGGCUACGCAUUCAACUCCAGAUAUCAUAAUUUCAUUGACAACAACGACCAUGCCCAGUUAGCCAGCAUUACGUAUGUCAAGAAACGUGCAGACACUCUGCUGAAGGUCUCCUACUCUGCCAAUAUCCGUGUGAUUGGCGGAGGUGUGAACGGGGGUAGGGCUGCAAGGUGGUUUGUGAAGAUCGAUGGACAGGAGUGUUCUGAUCCGACCCUGGUGGAUAUCUGGUACUAUCGCACCGACACGGAGAACAUUCACAUUCCGUCCGACCUGAAGGGUAUUUGCCGCGGUACCUCUGAUGGGCGAAUCGGUGCUGGAUCCCACACUAUCACAGUCCAUGUGGGUGAGUCGCCCAUUGACAAUUAUCCUCUCGGCCGUACUUCGAAUGGAUAUGGUAGCACGCAGCUCCUUGAGGUACAGGAGAUUUGCCCUCCCUUCUAAACGAAUUGAUAUCUUUCCGGAAUCGUUUUACAUGCUGCGCUGCCAUUCCCUUUUCCACUUCAUUACAAUAUUUUAUGAAUAACUAUGCGAAGGUGCAUGUGCAUGGCGGCAACAUCUCCUUCUUGGUCUCACCUUUUGAUCUUUUUUUGAUCUUUUUUUUACAAAAUACACAACUCACCGGCAGGCA